ACUGUACUUUAGGUUGUUUAGCUGUGAAGAACUGGAGAGCAAGGGCUGGAAAACAUUCAAGCGUAUGAAACUUAGCUCCAGACGGUCAAGAGAACGGUUUGGACGUAACACGACAAGCCCACCGACACUGUUGCUGAGCAUGAACAAAGAUUUGACGAAGAUGGUUUUCCGUGUUAGGAGGAAGACGAAGGUGAUGGAGUCUCUGAUGAACAAGCACGUAUUUGUGACUGGAGGCUCGAGCGGCAUCGGCUAUGAAAUCGCCAAACGGGCCCUCAUCCAGGGUGCGUCUGUGACAAUCGUCGCUCGCAACAAGGCGAGGCUGGCCGCUGCCAAGGAGUCGCUUCUCAAAGAAUGCGUUUGCAGCCCCACGCAAAUCGUCGCGGAGGAACUGGACGUGGGAGAUUUUGCCGCAACCAAGCGAGUGAUCGAGCAGGCAUCAAGGUGGAGGCCGAUCGACGUUCUCGUGUGCAACGCCGGCCUGGUGAGAUCUGGACUCUUUGGGGAAUGCCGAGCCGAGGACAUAGAUCAAGUGGUGAGAACAAAUCUCCUGGGCUGCGCGUACUCGGUUCAUGCCGCUCUUCCACACAUGAAGCAGGAGCAGAGCAAGAGCAGCCAUGGAAAAUCCAUCGUGCUCAUCGGAUCACUGGCUGGAAUGUACACACUCUACGGUGCGAACAUCUACGCGGCUACAAAGUACGCGCUGCGAGGCCUGGCGGAAACGCUGCGACUGGAGCUGCUGCCUCACAACAUCCGGGUGAGCUUGAUCUGUCCGGGAUUCACCGACACGGCACUGCUCGGCGAUGCGACCACUGAUCAACAGGUUCUCGAGACGCUCAAAUCCGUGUGCCACUACGAUCCCAGGGACACGGAGUCCCCGGCGGACGUGGCAGCCAGGACGGUGGAGGCGAUCAAAGCGGGCGAGUACAUCGUCGCCACCAGGAGAGUUGGAGGUGUCCUUGUGAUGCUGUCCAGAGGCUUGCUUCCUUCCGAAUCGAUCGUCACCACCUUGCUCGAGUGCGUGUUCUUCGUCCCGGUCAGGCUCUUGAGCGUUCUAGUGCUGCUCAACGUCAGGAGGCUGCUUGGGCGAUCGUCAAACUCCAAGUGAUCAACCAUCGCGGUAACCUCUCUCUUUCUCAAGUUUUGUGGCAAUGUCCUUCUCGAUCCAUCCAUUCCAUAUAAUCAAAUGUUCCAUUUCUUCA